GCCGAUUAGCACCGGAAGAGUUGAUUCCCAAUGAUUUAUUUUGAUGCACGUAUGACACAGCACGGAGAGUCUCAGACGCUCAUAAGUCUGCUUUUCGGCUCCCUCCAGAAACGGCUGUGCACCGCCAGCCGAAUUAUGUUCUAGUCCACGCAGCACCUGGGAAACCUUGCUGCCCAAACACCCCGAUGAAUUGUCAGUUCGCUCCAGCUUCACACCGACGGGAGCAAAAUCAUUCAACCCCUCGUAGCUGUCGAGUAACCUCUUCAGGCCCGCACUUUGCGCUAACCUAGAGAGUAGCUCCGCUGGGGUGCGAGGCGCAGAGGGGCAAAUCCGAUCACGCCGAUCCAUGAAAAUGCUUUGGAAACUGACGGAUAAUAUCAAGUACGAAGACUGUGAGGACCGUCACGACGGCACCAGCAACGGGACUGCACGGUUGCCCCAGCUGGGCACUGUAGGUCAAUCUCCCUACACCAGCGCCCCGCCGCUGUCCCAUACCCCCAAUGCCGACUUCCAGCCUCCCUACUUCCCCCCGCCCUACCAGCCCAUCUACCCUCAGUCGCAAGAUCCUUACUCCCACGUCAACGACCCCUACAGCCUGAACCCCCUGCACGCCCAGCCACAACCGCAGCACCCGGGCUGGCCCGGCCAGAGGCAGAGCCAGGAAUCUGGGCUCUUGCACACGCACCGGGGGUUACCCCACCAGCUGUCGGGCCUGGACCCUCGCAGGGACUACCGGCGGCACGAGGACCUCCUGCACGGCCCACACGGGCUCGGUUCCGGGCUCGGGGACCUCCCGAUCCACUCCUUACCUCACGCCAUCGAGGACGUCCCGCAUGUAGAAGACCCGGGUAUUAACAUCCCAGAUCAAACUGUAAUUAAGAAAGGCCCUGUGUCCCUGUCCAAGUCCAACAGCAACGCCGUCUCCGCCAUCCCCAUCAACAAGGACAACCUCUUCGGCGGCGUGGUGAACCCCAACGAAGUCUUCUGUUCAGUUCCGGGUCGCCUGUCGCUCCUCAGCUCCACCUCGAAGUACAAGGUCACGGUGGCGGAAGUACAGCGACGCCUCUCACCGCCCGAGUGUCUCAACGCGUCGCUGUUGGGCGGAGUGCUGCGGAGAGCGAAGUCUAAGAAUGGAGGAAGAUCUUUAAGAGAAAAACUGGAUAAAAUAGGAUUAAAUCUGCCAGCAGGGAGACGCAAAGCUGCCAACGUCACCCUGCUUACAUCACUAGUGGAAGGAGAAGCAGUCCACCUAGCCAGGGACUUUGGGUACGUGUGCGAAACUGAAUUUCCUGCCAAAGCAGUAGCGGAAUUUCUCAACCGACAACAUUCCGAUCCCAAUGAGCAAGUGACAAGAAAAAACAUGCUCCUGGCUACAAAACAGAUCUGCAAAGAGUUCACUGACCUGCUGGCUCAGGACCGAUCUCCCCUGGGGAACUCGCGGCCCAACCCUAUCCUGGAGCCUGGCAUCCAGAGUUGCUUGACCCACUUCAACCUCAUCUCCCAUGGCUUCGGCAGCCCGGCGGUGUGUGCCGCAGUCACCGCCCUGCAGAACUAUCUCACCGAGGCCCUCAAGGCCAUGGACAAAAUGUACCUCAGCAACAACCCCAACAGCCACACGGACAACAGCGCCAAAAGCAGUGACAAAGAAGAGAAACACAGAAAGUGAGGCUCUCCUCCCACCCUGAGCCCACCCGCCUCACCGGCCCGCGCCCCCCACUCGCCCUUCCCCCACCCGGCAGGUGACAGCUCCGGGACCAGCCACUCCUUCUGCUGCUGCUACGCCGCGCUGCCGCGCCGCCCCUCGUCCCCGGUCCCCGGGACUGCUCUUUCGACUGCCAGUGAGGCAGCUGCUGCCUACUCAGCGCCCUGCCUCAACUUCCCCAUCAGCACCAACACUCCCUUUCCCUCAUCUGGAGCCUAAAAGAACAGAACAGGUCCUGAAGCCAGCAAAGAAAAGUUCUGUCGCGUUUGUGAACCUUUUUUUUUUUUUUUAAAUCAAAUCAACAAAAAACAUUAAAACUUUUUUUUCUAAAAAAAAGAACGUUAAAAAAAUUUAAAAAGUAUAUGAGCUUCAUGGGACUAACUCAUCGCCUUCCCUUGCAUACUUCAGAUUGUAGCCAUACUUAAAAAAAGGCAAAGAGGAUAAUGACAUUUUUAUCAGUAUUGUGAAUAAACUUGAACACAAAUACAGAAGUUCUAUGUCCUGUCUUCAGUUGUAGAAGUUGUCUCUGCAAGGUGCCCACUUGAACUUCCUCUGAUGACACAAUCCACACUUCUAUAAGGGAAUCAGUGUUCACGUCUCUGUAUAUAUUUAUUUAUGUGUAAUUUAAUGGGAUUUGUAAAUAUGGUGAGUCUGUUUUAAACCUUUUUUUUAUUUAUCUGGUGAUCUCGUUUACCUCCUGUUUAGUGGGUUUUGGAUCCUCCCUAUUAGUUCUUCAUGUGGUUUUACUUACUUAGAACCCCAGGGUUUGGGUGAUUCCCCCCCCCUUCUGGAAUUCAUGAAUUUAGCCCCUUGGUAGCAUGUUAACAAUGAUAAUGAAACAGCUGAACAAAACUUUUUAAAAGUAAAAUAAAAUUUUAUAUAUAAUUAGUAUUACAUUUAGAUUUUCAUUGAACUGAAAGGAAAAACAGAGUGAUAUUGGGACAUCAUUGGAGAGAUUUUUCUUUUUAAUGGUUUGAUAACCCUCCUAUGGAAUCGUGGGGAGAAAAAUAAAGUUUAUUUGAGUUCAAUGUGCUCCCUGAAAAGCGUCCUCUGAGCAAUAAAUGAAUAUUGUCUUUAAACCAAGGGUUAGGGAUUUCUCUGUGCUCUCUCUCUUUCUCUCUCUCUCUUCCUCUCUCUCUUUUUGUUCAACUUCAAGCAUUUGCGACCACCUGGUAUUCUGCGUCUUCACUGGCCACAUUGGAAGCAGUUCUAGAUGUGCUGUGCUGAGUUGCGCUGGCGGUAGUUUCCAUGCCUGUCAAUGUAUCAUAGUCCU